AUAGGGGUGGGGAUUGUUGACUACAGUCGUGCCGCUCUGUCGUGCCGCUCUGGACUGUCAGUUAGUAUUGGGUUAGGUCAGCCCAAAGAAGCAUCGUUGAUUCGUGGCGCCGAUCAUCCUUUCCGUUGUCGGAGCUCGGCUGCCGGUUGUUUAUUGUAGAUUAGAAUGCUAAUUAAAAUCGUGGCGCAAUUCAGAGCGUGAUAGUUUCGACGUCGCGCCUCACGUCAGCCAAGAGCGGGCGCGCGCGCGCGCGCGGUUGAACGAGCGAGCAAGCGAACUUCAUCUUCGCGCGGAUCGCGUGCUUGUUUCUUUUUUCCCUCUCCCCCUCUUUCGGUAGACAAACGAGGCGGAGAACAGUUGAGGAUAACGGUCUCGAUGCGAUUCUUACGUCAACCGCGCCAUUAAUGUAGUGCUGCGCCGUCUCGCCUCGAGGCUUUUCCCUUUGCAAUCCGCGUUAUCGAAAGUGAUUACGCUGUGCCGCGACGGGAAAGGGGGGGGAAGUGUAUGGAGUGUCAAUGUGAGGAAAGUUGGCAUCACGGAUCUCAUAAUGGCACUGUCUUACCUGCAAGACGCACAGAUUGACGCAGGUACGGUCCAGGUGGAUCACAUAGAGGCGGUUGAUGUUGGAGCACUGCCGACGGUUGACCUCGUGUCACCUCGGAAAGACCCCAUACGAGUCUCUCCAACGUGUUAAGAUCUGCUCUAUGUGUGUCACGUAGUGGUGCAACGAUAUCUCGCGGUCUUCUGAGCGGCCAGUCUCUUACCAUGAAGCCGGACCCUGAAAAGAAGACGCUCAUUAACAAUAGCAAGAAGGCGUCGCAAGCAAUAUACCCUACGAUUGGCUCACCUGCAACAACCAGCCUGUCUUUACUGACUCCGCAGCAGCUCAUAGUGGCCAGUCGGACUGCGGCGUUUAUGGCUGCAGGAUUACCAGUAUCACUGCACGCGUCGUUAGCCACCAACCCGUCGUUGUAUCAUCAUUCGCACAACCUCUUCGCUAAUUGGAUACCGCCAGCGCCCUCGCCACCCUCUACUCUUCAACACCCAUCGACACCGCAGUCGCCGGCCGUGAGCGCGAGGUCCACCGUUCAGCAUCAUAGCCCAUCCAGCACCAUCACCAGCAGCAGUAACAACAACAACAAGAGCACCAACAAUAACAAUAUGGUCAACGAUAACGACCGAGGCGGCAAGAAGGCUCAGACCACCAAGAGGAGACCGAGCAAAGCGAAAGCGGACAGCACGCCCGCGCCAGCUCCUUCGGAGGCCGCGACUUCGUCCAGCCCAGUUCCUACGGUCAGCCCUGAAGCGACAAAGGACAGCAAGGAUAAGGUGUUCACCUGUGGAGUGUGCUCGCGAUCGUUCGGUUACAAGCACGUGCUGCAGAAUCACGAGCGCACGCAUACCGGCGAGAAGCCUUUCGAGUGUCAGGAAUGCCACAAGAGAUUCACCCGGGACCACCACCUAAAGACGCACAUGCGGCUGCACACAGGCGAGAAACCCUAUCAUUGCAGCCACUGCGACCGACAGUUCGUUCAAGUAGCGAAUCUUCGUCGUCAUCUGCGGGUACACACGGGCGAGCGUCCGUAUACUUGCGAAGUAUGCGGGGCCAAAUUCAGCGACUCGAAUCAACUGAAGGCGCACUCGCUGAUACACAGAGGCGUGAAGCCGUUCGAAUGUGACACUUGCCAAACAAAAUUCAGAAGGCGGCAUCACCUGAUGCAUCACAAGUGCGGCACAGGGCAGCCGUCGCAGGCCGAAUCACGGUCACACACCGACACGCAAUCGAACACGAGUGAGGAGCCGGAAGAUAACACCGAGACCGACACGCAGUCGGACGAGAUGGAGAGCAGCAUGCACAGCGCCAAGAAAGUCAAGGCGGAGAUCCACGAGGAGCCGUCGAGUCUGGCGGCCAGCACCCCGAUUUCGGUACCACUGGAUCUGUCCAGUGUUAACUUUCCGGAGCAAACCGAGCCCGAGGAUCUGUCCAUGUCCACUGGCAGACUGAUCUCGGGUGGCGUCAGCAGCAGCAGCAACAGCAGCAGCAGCAGCGGCGGCAACAGCAAUAACAACAACAACAACAACAACAGCAGCGCCUCCUCGACCACUCACAACAGUCCCAACAGCGAUACCGUCCUCGAGGACGAUGAUAAGCGCGGCAUCUCCGCUGCCAAACCCAGCAAUCUGCUCGCACGACAGCCACGACGCAAAUGCGGCCGUCGUCGAGAUGUGAGCACGGUCGACACAGCCAAGGCCGAUUCCUAGUGGCAUUCUCCUCACUGGUAUGUAGAGAAAACUACCCUCUUGUCCUCGAUGGCAGGCAUUGUCACGAGUCUUGUCGGCUGACGAAGAAGAGCGUGAGAAAGUGCGCGCGAUUCGAGCGCUCCAAUUCCUACCUCGAGUCCAACUGACCAGCCAUGCGUCAGCAGCUCGCGCUGAUUCAUUGAUAGGUCUCUACAUCGGUUUACAGUCAUUAUUGU